GCAUGCCCGCUAACCCGCUUCUUUGUCGCUGAGUCGGGCGGCGGCAGGUGGGGUAGGUUGACAGGCCCCAGUGUCGACGGAGGUUGCAAAAGGCCGAAGGGUUGUGACACGCCGGGGCCGGAGAAGACCGGCGUGGCCACUGCGGCUGCUGCCUUGUAUUUGAGUGUGCGCCAUUCCUAGCAAGUAGUAGUCGGGAGCACGUACCGUAUGGGUCAGGCGAGUUGAACCGAUCUGAACCGAUUGGCGGGAAGCGACGUCCCUCGGUCAGUGGUACAAGUUGCCUCACGUUCCACGCGUUUCUGGCAAACAUCCCUGAUCAUCCAGCAGGGCCAAACACAAUGCUCUCACUUUGUAAGCCUCGAGUUCUGCGAGCUGCAUGCGCUAGCAGCAGUCCCUGCUGCGCCGCGCUGCCGGUUGCUGCUUCCGGCGCUAGGCGCGGCUGCAGCAGUGGCAUUGUCAGGUCAUCAGGAGCCACAGCCGCGACUGGCGGCAGCAGCAGCAGUCGGGCAGUGGGUUCACCCGGUGUUGCAAAACGCUCGGACUCCAUCCCCCCGCUGCUGGAGUGGGUGACGUCUGCGCGCAUGCGGCCGGUGGCGGUGCAGAGCCUUCUGGAGCAGCACUGCAGCCCAGGGGUGCUGCAUAUUGUGGCGGCAGCGGCGCGGGUGGCGGAGGCGGAGCAGCAGGAGGACAAGGGUGGCGGCGGCGGCGGCACCAGGGGCAGCAGCGGCAUUCGCAUCACCUCCGCACAUCUGGCCCUGGCGGCGCUGGCGGCGGAUGGCGAUGUGGACUGCGCCGCUGCCCUGGGUGUGCUGCACCACGCGUCGGCGGGGCUGUCGCUGCAGCGCUGCUCGGAGAUACUGGCCUGGCGGGCGGCAGAGGAGCAGCUCUGGGAGGAGAGGUGGAGGCGCCCGGAGGAGGAGGGGCACGAGGAUGGUGGCAGCAGCAUCUUCUCCGCCCAAGCGCUGCACUUUCUCUUCCAAUCCUAUCGCUGGGCCGUGUUCACAGGUUGCGGCACAGUUCAGCCCUGCCACCUGCUGUGGGCGAUGGCAGCAGACCCCCGCGUCAGCUACAACCCCCUCCGCCAAGACCCGCUGGAUAAGUGGACGCCUGUGACAGCGGCGGAGGUGCGGGAGCCGCCGCUGGUGUGGCUACUGCAGCAGUGCCCGGAGACGCUGCCCCGGCCUGCGGCAGUGUAUGAGCAGAUAUUGGGCGUCAUGCAGCGAGGCAUGGAUGCCGCUGCGGACGCGGCUGCCGCGGCCGAGGCCGGCAAUGGCAGCACAGAGCAGGCCGCGGGCGGCGCGGCUGCCGGCAGCAGCGUCAGUGGCAGUAGCAGCUUUGGUAAGGCGACCGCAUUGAAGGCCACCGCGGUGACCGACGGCGGCAACGCCAGCAUCAACGCUGAUGCUCGCAGCGGUCACUACGGCAGCACAACAGCAGCCGCGGGCGUGCGCAAUGCUCACGCGAUCAGCGGAAACCUCGACGCGCGGCUGGGCGAAUUGGGCGGCUCGGCAUGUGACCCCAGUGAGCUGGCUGCGCUGCUGCGCGCCUGCCGGCUGGCAGGGCACGUGCCCAGCCGCAAGCGGCUGCAAGGGCUGGACGCUGCUUUCCUGGGGUCUUGCUUGGCGUGCGUACUGCGGAAGCGCACUAAGAAGUUCUACGGCUCAUUCGAGCUCUGGCGGAGUGUGUAUGAGCUGGCGGAGGGCUUUGCGGCACUCGGUUACCAGCCAGCCACUGCGAGCCGCAACUUUGUGGUCGCCUGUCGCAAUGUGGACCAGGUGUCGCCGCCGCCUGAAGUUGCAGCGGCAGCAGCGGCCGAUGUGUACGGCAGGGUGCAGUGGUGGUGCCGCGUUGAGGCGGGUAUGAGCUUUUGCUACCCCGAAUCACGCGCGCUACCUUCUACCAGCUUCCUCAUGGAAUCGGAGGAUGAUGCAAUGACAUCGGAAGGCUGUGGGCUGGAGUUGCUGCUGGCGGUUGCAGACCUGCCGCCCGAUGUCUUGGGGCGGUCGGAGGUGCUGGCCGGGGUGCUGGCGAACAGCCUGCACCACCGGCAUACGGUGGCUAGGCCCACCCUUUCAGCUCUGCUGCUUGCGGGGGAGCUGGGAGGCAGGACAGCCUUGGCCUACGUCCUGGAAUGCCUGGCGGUGCAGGCGGGCGCAAGGGGAGGCACUCGCAUUGCCAGCCGGUCGUGGGAAAGCAGCAGUUCCCACGAGCCCCUGCCCGCAAACGCGGCUGCGCAGGCGUUGCGGCGCACCUUCACGCUGCCGGUGCGCGCGGCGCUGCUGCAGGCGCUUAGUGAAGCGCCACCGUCCAGCUUCUACCAAGAGCUGCGCACCGCCCUCACAAAGUCCCUAGACCUGGACAGCAGCAGCAUCCACGCCAGCCUGGGUGUGCAGCAACGUGUGGCGCAGGCAUACACGGCGGCGGACUGUGGGGUGCCUGAGGGCUGGCUGCAGCAGCUGGCGUCCUAUGGCGACGUCAUGAGGGGUGGUAGCAGCGAGGGCAUGGCGGAGGCGUUGGUGGCAAUGCUUGCAGCUGCCAGCAGUGCGGCGGCUGAGGGGGCUGGUGGCCGCGACUGCGGUGACAGUGGUGAAUGCGGUGACGACGACCCAGCCACGCAGGAGCACGCCAUCAGCGCUAGCAGCAUCCCGCCACAGCAGCUGCUGGGUCGGCUGGCUGUGAUGCUGGAGGACGCCGCGGCGGCGGGUGACCUCCCGCCGUCUGAGGCGCUUGCGGCGCUGCGGCACGUCCAUGCCUUGGCAGAGGCUGCAGAGGACGCGGAGGGCUGCUUUGCUGCGACCAGAGCUUCCACAGCGGCUGUGCUGAAGCUGGGUUCUGCUCCAUCAACACCGCCAGCUAGCUUGCAGCCGCUGGUGGCGGCGAUGGAGGAGGUGGCGAGCGAGGCCCUGCCGCUCCUGCUGCUGGGCAGUCGGCUCCGGCAGCUGCAGGCGCUACAGGCGCUGCUGGGAGACGAUGAGCAGCAGCGGCAGCAGCGGGAGCAGCCGCCGGAGCGCAGGCUGUGAAUGAACAGGCUGUGGGCUUGUCGCUGACCCCGGUGUGAACAUUGGACUUGUUGUGAACGGUUACGGGGCUUUGGACUCAGCCACGGAGGUCUGAGGAUACGUUCGA